AUGUCGUUACCGGGUAGCUGACAGCCCCAUUAUAGGAGGGACACAAGUACAAACAGAAAGGCACAUUCACCGCUGGAGCGUGACAGAGUAAUGGCUGUCUUAAAUGCCCAGUGCAUAUGUUUUUAUCUCAAUAUCAAAUCAUUUCUGGGUAAAAAAUUUACUACCUUCCUGUGAUUUGUUUUUUAAUAAAACAAUAAAAUAAAAUAAAAGCUUCUUAGCAAAGAACAAUUUCUCAAGCAAAAAUUGUUAGGACUGUCUGGGAGUGGUCUCAAAUGGGGAGGGAAAAACUGAAAACUAGCUGUUAUUGGCGGAGAGGUUUGGAACUCUCUUUCUUAUUGGUCUAUUAAUUAAUUUACCACCUGGUGAUGUCACCAGGAAGGCCAAAACUCCAUCCCACCAAAACCGGCAGACAUUUUAAGGCGGUCUUUUCAAACAGCUCUUACACUGAAAGGGCAUUAUCCUAAUUUUCACAAUUUCACAGUAUUAUUCCAACCUCAUAGUGUGGAAAUAUAUAAUAGGAAAUCCCGUUUUUGACUGCACAGGGCCAUUAAAUAUUUAAUAAGCGGUGGAUUUGAGAUCUCAGCAUGUCUUCUCAGAGGCCUGCAGUGAGGGGAACAAAGCGACCGAGGCGUGAGAACGCUCCCGACUAUUGUUCUGAUGGAAAAUAGCCCCUCUACUCCAACCGCCUCCCUCCUAAAACAAAUAAAUGCAAUUUUUUUCCGGCAAGCAGCGCGGAAGCCAAGCCCUCUGUUGAUGUCUGUAGAUUAGGGAAACAUGGAAGAGUCAAAGCUGUUUUUGUCUGACUCUUAUUGUGUGUGUGUGUGUGUGUGUGUACAGAUAUCAGCGUGGACCACCCGGAUGAGAAGUCCAUCAUCACCUAUGUUGUGACCUACUACCACUACUUCUCCAAGAUGAAGGCUCUGAAGGUGGAGGGCAAACGUAUUGGGAAGGUGAGGGGUCAGAGUUCACAUGUCCCCAACCUGGAUCACAAGAGAGCAAAGUCUCAUGUCCUGUACUUCUCCAAGCACACUCAUUCCCUUAGAUACGCUAUGCAUAUUUCCCACUGACGUUGCACAACCAGUAUACAAUGUAUGUACUGUUAUACUGAUUCACCACCUUCAUCUCCCAGGUGCUGGACAAUGCCAUUGAGACAGAUAACAUGGUUCAGAAAUAUGAGAGUCUGGCCUCUGACCUCUUGGAAUGGAUUGAACAGACCAUCAUCAUCCUCAACAACCGCAAGUUUGCCAACUCCUUAGUGGGGGUGCAGCAACAGCUUCAGGCCUUCAACACCUACCGCACCGUGGAAAAACCCCCCAAGUGAGACACACUCUCACACACACACACACUUAAAUGCACAUGCACAAACAUGUCAGAUUUCAAAUAUUGUCUUACACCAUGUCCUCUACCUACCUCCCAAAUUUCCCACACGCCUCAUACCAGCAGCUUGACUUGUCAUUUACUGUAACAUUACAGUCUGUUCCCAGAAUUGACUCACCAUGGACAAAACUGAAACGAUCAGGGAUUCUAGAUGAGUGUAACCCUUAUUAAAUGUCUGCACUUGUAUCAGAUUCAUAGCUGGAAUUUCACAGUGUGAACUAACGCCUCUUGGUUCUGAGAGGUAACUUCAAAGAAAAGACAAACCCACACAUUGCUAUGCUAGUAUCGCUUUUUUAAAAUUCAAGCUUCAUGUCGGCCUCUUGGCCUGCAGGUUGACGUUUAUUGUCUUGAAUCUUGUCUUGGAGGCAGCACUGAGCGAUUUCCGCUAGAUGAGCAAGCUGCAAAGUUAAAAUUGGUUAUAUUGUAAAAAUUCAUGAAAACAAAAAGCUUUUCCGUCUUAAUUUAAGGUUAGGAUUAGGCAUUAGGGUUGGCAGUGUGGUUAAGGUUAGGGUUAGGUUUAAAAUCAGAUUUUAUGACUUUGUGGCUGUGCCAGCUAGUGACCACUGCAGAGCUGCCUCCAGAACAAGAUUAAUGACGAAAAACGCUAACCUGCUCUUGGCCUUGGCCUUCCUCAAAGCUUUUUUCAGAAUUAAAUUAGUUAAUUCUGAGAAGUGGCUAAAAGCAAUGCUUUCUCAGACAAAUGUUUCAGCCUGUUGAAAAUGACACUGGCACCAUUUCUACAGAGGCAACAAUGUCACCCUUACUGCUGACAAAAUAUAUGUUAUUCUCUGGCCUACUGGCAGGAAAUGGAGCAUCUUUUUUGUUGAUAGCUGGAGUUGCAUGGGUCAAGGCAAAAGCCACCAGCCUUUAGAGUGGAAUUAGGCUAAUCUCAGCGUCUCCCCUCAGUAGGUUUACACUCAACAUUACAAUUAUGUUAUUCUCUUUGUGUUUCUGUCAGGUUCACAGAGAAGGGCAACCUGGAGGUUCUCCUCUUCACCAUUCAAAGUAAGAUGAGGGCCAACAAUCAGAAGGUCUAUAUGCCACGGGACGGCAAACUCAUCUCAGACAUCAACAAGGUGAGACCUAAUGCUCCUUAAUAAAGAACAUGCUUAUCUCAAUGGCCUGGCCAAAACAAACACUCAGGAACCCUUGUGUCCUCGAUUAGGUUAGAAUGGAUUAAGCUGAUCGACAGAGGGUUAAAGUAGAUUUAAUGGAUAGACAUGGUGGUUUUGGUGAGUUUAGUAUAGUUAAUGAGAGGAAGAUUUACUUUGCUUUGGGGGAUUGUACAGUUGCUAGGUGGGUUUAGUUGCUAGGUGGGUUUAGUUGCUUGGUGGGUUUAGUUUUUUGACAGUGUGUUAAGACCAUAAGUCAAGUUAAAACAGGUUUAGUACAGUAGAUGGAUUAGGUCCAUAGAGUUCUGUACGGUGCACCUGUGUGACCGUUACUCGACCGUGUGUGUGUCAGGCCUGGGAGAGGCUGGAGAAGUCAGAGCAUGAGAGGGAGCUGGCGCUGAGGACGGAGCUGAUUCGUCAGGAGAAACUGGAGCAGCUGGCACGCCGCUUCGACCGCAAGGCCGCCAUGAGAGAGACCUGGCUGAGUGAGAACCAACGGCUCGUCUCGCAGGUAACACACACACACACUCACAAAAAACACACAUUCAUUGAUACACACACACUGGUGGUAGACUCUAACAAUGACACCACUCCUACUCUACAUUGUCUACUUGAACUGUAUUGGUUCAUAGCCAUCAUCCGCUCUGGUCAUGGUAAUGGACAAUGAAGUCAUUUACUUCCCUGUCUCAUCCUGAUGAUGUUCACCAAUUUAAUAUCUCUCUGGUAGUUCUAUACAGACCCAUUUAAUAUCUCCCUGGUAGUUUUACAGUGAGGGGAAAAAAGUAUUUGAUCCCCUGCUGAUUUUGUACGUUUGCCCACUGAAAAAUACAUGAUCAGUGUAUACUUUUAAUGGUAGGUUUAUUUGAACAGUGAGAGAUAGAAUAACAACAACAACAUCCAGAAAAAAGCAUGUCAAAAAUGUUAGAAAUUGAUUUUGCAUUUUAAUGAGGGAAAUAAGUAUUUGACCCCCUCUCAAUCAGAAAGAUGUCUGGCUCCCAGGUGUCUUUUUAUACAGGUAACGAGCUGAGAUUAGGAGCACACUCUUAAAUGGAGUGUUACCUGUAUAAAAGACACAUGUCCACAGAAGCAAUCAAUCAAUCAGAUUCCAAACUCUCCACCAUGGCCAAGACCAAAGAGCUCUCCAAGAAUGUCAGGGACAAGAUUGUAGACCUACACAAGGCUGGAAUGGGCUACAAGACCAUCGCCAAGCAGCUUGGUGAGAAGGUGACAACAGUUGGUGCGAUUAUUCGAAAAUGGAAGAAACACAAAAUAACUGUCAAUCUCCCUCUGCCUGGGGCUCCAUGCAAGAUCUCACCUCGUGGAGUUGCAAUGAUCAUGAGAACGGUGAGGAAUCAGCCCAGAACUACAUGGGAGGAUCUUGUCAAUGAUCUCAAGGCAGCUGGGACCAUAGUCACCAAGAAAAUAAUUGGUAACACACUACGCCGUGAAGGACUGAAAUCCUGCAGCGCCCGCAAGGUCCCCCUGCUCAAGAAAGCACAUAUACAGGGCCGUCUGAAGUUUGCCAAUGAACAUCUGAAUGAUUCAGAGGAGAACUGGGUGAAAGUGUUGUGGUCAGAUGAGACCAAAAUCGAGCUCUUUGGCAUCAUCUCAACUCGCCGUGUUUGGAGGAGGUGGAAUGCUGCCUAUGACCCCAAGAACACCAUCCCCACUGUCAAACAUGGAGGUGGAAACAUUAUGCUUUGGGGGUGUUUUUCUGCUAAGGGGACAGGACAACUUCACCGCAUCAAAGGGACGAUGGACGGGGCCAUGUACAGUCAGAUCUCGGGUGAGAACCUCCUUCCCUCAGCCAGGGCAUUGAAAAUGGGUCGUGGAUGGGUAUUCCAGCAUGACAAUGACCCAAAACACAUGGCCAAGGCAACAAAGGAGUGGCUCAAGAAGAAGCACAUUAAGGUCCUGGAGUGGGCUAGCCAGUCUCCAGACCUUAAUCCCAUAGAAAAUCUGUGGAGGGAGCUGAAGUUUCGAGUUCCCAAACGUCAGCCUCGAAACCUUAAUGACUUGGAGAAGAUCUGCAAAGAGGAGUGGGACAAAAUUCCUCCUGAGAUGUGUGCAAACCUGGUGGCCAACUACAAGAAAUGUCUGACCUCUGAUUGCCAACAAGGGUUUUGCCACCAAGUACUAAGUCAUGUUUUGCAGAGGGGUCAAAUACUUAUUUCCCUCAUUAAAAUGCAAAUAAAUUUAUAACAUUUUUGACAUGCGUUUUUCUGGAUUUUUUAGUUGUUAUUCUGUCUAUCACUGUUCAAAUAAACCUACCAUUAAAAUUAUAGACUGAUCAUGUCUUUGUCAGUGGGCAAACAUACAAAAUCAGCAGGGGAUCAAAUACUUUUUUCCCUCACUGUAUACAGACACAUUUAAUAUCUCCCUGGUAGUUCUAUACAGUUAGAUACAAACCCAUAACUCUCCUCACUCCUUUCUCUCCCCCUCUUCCUCCCUCCCUCCCUCCCUCCGUUAGGACAACUUUGGCUUCGACCUGCAGGCAGUGGAGGCCGCCACCAAGAAGCACGAGGCCAUCGAGACGGACAUCGGCGCCUACGAGGAGCGUGUGCAGGCUGUGCUCUCUGUGGCCAAGGAGCUGGAGGCGGAGAACUACCACGACAUCAAGCGUGUGACGGCAAGGAAGGACAACGUGCUGCGUCUGUGGGAGUACCUGCUGGAGCUGCUGAAGGCCCGGCGCACCCGUCUGGAGAUGAACCUGGGCCUGCAGAGGGUCUUCCAAGAGAUGCUCCACAUCAUGGACUGGAUGGACGAGAUGAAGGUGAGGAAGAUGGUGGUGGUGAUGAUGAUGAUGGUGGGGAUUGAGGGACAGAUUGGGGACACUGUGGUUGGAUGGUGGAGUAAGAAUUGUCUUGAUACUCUGUCACAGUUUGUGAUGUACGAGCAAGUAUCUUUGGCUCAGUUACAUUGCCCACUAUUGACCCCAGUGACCUGUGACCUUCCUGACACGGUUGCUGUGCCCUGUAUCUUCAGAUGCUGCUGCUGUCCCAGGACUACGGGAAACACCUGCUGGGAGUGGAGGACCUGCUGCAGAAGCAUGCUCUGGUGGAGGCUGAUAUCGCCAUCCAAGCCGACCGUGUCAAAGCCGUCAACAACAACGCUCAGAAGUUCGCCAUCGACGCAGAGGGUGAGUCACGUGCUGGGAUUAUUCCGUUUUGGGUGGUAGGUGAUUCUUUUUACUCUCUCUGUGGGUGAUGUUUGUAGGCUAUAUUUAGAUGGAGCGUAAAAGCAGGAGAGAUUAGAGAUGAAUUGUAUCCUGAAGGGGAUAGCUAUACACUGAGUGUACAAAACUAUAUGAACAACUGCUCUUUCCAUGACAUAGACUGACCAGGUGAAUCCAGGUGCAACCUAUGAUCCCUUAUUGAUGUCACUCGUUAAAUCCACUUCAAUCAGUGUAGAUAAAGGGGAGGAGAACGGUUAAAGAAGGAUGUUUAAGCCUUGAGACAAUUGCGUAUGUGUGCCAUUCAGAGGGUGACUGUGCAAGAUAAAUAUUUAAGUGCCUUUGAACGGGGUAUGGUAGUAGGUGCCAGACGCACCGUUUUGUGUCAAGAACUGCAACGGUGCUGGGUUUUUCACGCUCAACAGUUUCCCGUGUGUAUCAAGAAUGGUCCACCACCCAAAGGACAUCCAGCCAACUGUGGGAAGCAUUGGCUUCAACAUGGGCCAGCAUUCCUGUGGACUGCUUUCUACACCUUGUAGAGUCCAUGCCCCAAUGAAUUUGGGCUGUUCUGAGGGCAAAAGGGGUGCAACUCAAUAUUAUGAAGGUGUACUUAAUGUUUUGUACACUGAGUAUAUUGUCCUAUUGUAGAAUCCAAGCCAAUGCUGCCACCUGUCAUAAAAAUAAGUCCUUGAUCUUUGUCAGGUAUAUACAGUGAGGGGAAAAAGUAUUUGAUCCCCUGCUGAUUUUGUACGUUUGCCCACUGACAAAGAAAUGAUCAGUCUAUAAUUUUAAUGGUAUGUUUAUUUGAACAGUGAGAGACAGAAUAACAACAAAAAAAUCCAGAAAAACGCAUGUAAAAAAUGUUAUAAAUUGAUUUGCGUUUUAAUGAGGGAAAUAAGUAUUUGACCCCCUCUCAAUCAGAAAGAUUUCUGGCUCCCAGGUGUCUUUUAUACAGGUAACGAGCUGAGAUUAGGAGCACACUCUUAAAGGGAGUGCUCCUAAUGUCAGCUUGUUACCUGUAUAAAAGACACCUGUCCACAGAAGCAAUCAAUCAAUCAGAUUCCAAACUCUCCACCAUGGCCAAGACCAAAGAGCUCUCCAAGGAUGUCAGGGACAAGAUUGUAGACCUACACAAGGCUGGAAUGGGCAACAAGACCAUUGCCAAGCAGCUUGGUGAAAAGGUGACAACAGUUGGUGCGAUUAUUCGCAAAUGGAAGAAACACAAAAGCACUGUCAAUCUCCCUCGGCCUGGGGCUCCAUGCAAGGUCUCAACUCGUGGAGUUGCAAUGAUCAUGAGAACGGUGAGGAAUCAGCCCAGAACUACACGGGAGGAUCUUGUCAAUGAUCUCAAGGCAGCUGGGACCAUAGUCACCAAGAAAACAAUUGGUAACACACUACGCCGUGAAGGACUGAAAUCCUGCAGCGCCCGCAAGGUCCCCCUGCUCAAGAAAGCACAUAUACAGGCCCGUCUGAAGUUUGCCAAUGAACAUCUGAAUGAUUCAGAGGAGAACUGGGUGAAAGUGUUGUGGUCAGAGGAGGAAUGCUGCCUAUGACCCCAAGAACACCAUCCCCACUGUCAAACAUGGAGGUGGAAACAUUAUGCUUUGGGGGUGUUUUUCUGCUAAGGGGACAGGACAACUUCACCGCAUCAAAGGGACGAUGGACGGGGCCAUGUCCCGUCAAAUCUUCCCUCAGCCAGGGCAUUGAAAAUGGGUCGUGGAUGGGUAUUCCAGCAUGACAAUGACCCAAAACACACGGCCAAGGCAACAAAGGAGUGGCUCAAGAAGAAGCACAUUAAGGUCCUGGAGUGGCCUAGCCAGUCUCCAGACCUUAAUCCCAUAGAAAAUCUGUGGAGGGAGCUGAAGGUUUGAGUUGCCAAACGUCAGCCUCAAAACCUUAAUGACUUGGAGAAGAUCUGCAAAGAGGAGUGGGACAAAAUCCCUCCCGAGAUGUGUGCAAACCUGGUGGCCAACUACAAGAAACGUCUGACCUCUGUGAUUGCCAAGUCAUGUUUUGCAGAGGGGUCAAAUACUUAUUUCCCUCAUUAAAAUGCAAAAACAUUUAUAACAUUUUUGACAUGCGUUUUUCUGGAUUUUUUAGUUGUUAUUCUGUCUCUCACUGUUCAAAUAAACCUACCAUUAAAAUUAUAGACUGAUCAUGUCUUUGUCAGUGGGCAAACGUACAAAAUCAGCAGGCGAUCAAAUACUUUUUUCCCUCACUGUAAGCUUGUAUUCUCAGUUUACAUGAUAGAGGUGUUCUGCGUGUGACAUGUUCCUAUCCCCCCGUUUAGGCUACAAGCCCUGUGACCCCCAGGUGAUCCGGGACCGCGUGGCCCACAUGGAGUUCUGCUACGCAGAGCUGAGCCAACUGGCCGCCGAGCGCUGUGCCCGCCUGGAGGAGUCCCGCCGCCUCUGGAAGUUCUUCUGGGAGAUGGCCGAGGAGGAGGGCUGGAUCCGGGAGAAGGAACAGAUCUUGUCCUCGGAGGACUGUGGCAAGGACCUGACGGGCGCCGUGCGCCUGGUGAGCCAGCACCGCGCCUUCGAGGACGAGAUGAGCGGCCGCGCCAGCCACUUGCAGCAGACCAUCAGGCAGGGAGAGGAGCUGGUGGCCGCAGACCACUUCGGAGCUGACAAGAUCCGCGAACGCAUCCAAGACAUCCAGGAGCAGUGGGCGGCCCUGGAGGGGCUGUCUGCAGUCAGGAAGGCCCAGCUGGAGGAGGCCUGCAACCUGCACCAGUUCCAGGCUGACGCCGAUGACAUCGACACCUGGAUGCUGGAUGUUCUCCGUAUCGUGUCCAGUGCCGACGUGGGCCACGACGAGUUCUCCACCCAGGCCCUGGUCAAGAAGCACAAGGACGUGGCCGAGGAGAUCACCAGCUACCGACCAGUCAUCGACGCCCUGCACGAGCAGUCCAAAACCCUACCCAGGGAGCAGACUGGCUCAGAGGAGGUGCAGGGGCGCCUGGCAGGCAUCGAGGAGCGCUACAAGGAGGUGGCUGAGCUGACCCGGCUGAGGAAGCAGGCCCUGCAGGAUGCCCUGGCCCUCUACAAGAUGUUCAGCGAGGCGGACGCCUGCGAGGUGUGGAUCGAUGAGAAGGAGCAGUGGCUCAACAGCAUGGAGAUACCAGAGAAACUGGAGGAUCUGGAAGUGGUUCAGCACAGGUAAAGAAACCCAACCUAACCAUGCUUAUCCAGUUCAGAUGCAUUAUGUCAGUUGAUCAAUUUGGAGAUAUGUUGUUGUCAUUUCAAGACAACCCUUUCUCUUGAGGCAGACUUGAGACAUACACUACCACUCAAAGGUUUGGACACACCUACUCAUUCAAGGGUUUUUCUUUAUUUUUUACAUUGUAGAAUAAUAGUGAAGACAUCAAAAAGAGUGAAACGCUGUCAUCAAGGCAAAGGGUGGCUAUUUGAAGAAUCUCAAAUAUGUAAAAUAUAUUUUGAUUUGUUUAACACCUUUAUAGUUACUACACAAUUCCAUAUGUGUUAUUUCAUAGUUUUGAUGUCUUCACCAUUAUUCUACAAUGUAGAAAAUAGUAAAAAUAAAGAAGAACCCUUGAGUAGGUGUGUCCAAGCUUUUGACUUGUACUGUAGAACUUCCACAGUGAAACCACUGUGUCAAGGAAAUGAGUUGUCAGACUCAGAAUAUCUCCCAUCGUGUUUUCAAUAACUUUGAAUGUCUGUCACAGCUAGAAUUAAAUGAAUGUUCUCCCGUCGGUUUGACUGGCCAUUGGAAUGUAGCACAAUGGAAGGGAUGUGUGAAACAAACACUUUUUUUGCAAGCUAGGGUGGGCCGCUAGUGCAAGGUGUGGGAACUAGAAUCCUAUAAUUCACUUUCCACUUAGCAACAGAGCCCACAAUGUUUUAAAGCCAAAUCAUUGUAAAGUCCCACACUGAGAAGAAACAGGCCGUGUCCUCAGUUAGCUUAGUGUUUUGGACAGCAGUUCAAUGGAUUGUUUACUCUAACGUGUCUCUGGUCUGAAAUGAUCUCUCCCCCUCCACACUGUUUACUCAAUGUCCACCGCAUGGAACCAUUCCAGACUCCUGUUUCAUUGGCUUUGCUUCUAUGUGAUACACUGACAGCUGAAACAUGGCAUUACAGUUUAACUGGAAACAAAGCAUGUUAACAGGGUUAACAUUAAGAUCACAUUGUUUCCAUAUGCUUAUGUACAGUACAGUACACUCAUUCCUCCUCCCCCUAUUCUACCCCCGUCUCUACCUCCUCCUCCCCCUCUCUACCCCUCUCUCUAUUUCCAUCUCCCCCUCUCUACCCCCUCUCUCUAUUUCCAUCUCCCCCUCUCUACCUCACCCUCUCUCUACCUCCUCCUCCUCCCCCUCCACCCCUCUCUCUCUACCUCCUCCUCCCCCUCUCUACCCCCCUCUCUCUACCUCCACCUCCCCUUCUAUUUGUACCCCCUCUUCCCCUGCAGGUUUGAGAGUCUGGAGCCAGAGAUGAACAACCAAGCAUCCCGCGUUGCCGUGGUGAACCAGAUUGCUAGGCAACUAAUCCACAGUGGUCACCCCAGUGAGAAGGAGAUCAAAGCCCAACAGGACAAACUCAACACCAGGUAGCGUAACAUCCUACAUCAAUCUCAACACCAACUACAGUUAACCUCCGUUAAUAACCUCUAGUGGAAAUGCACUGUCCCCUGACUGUGUGUUUCUCUACGUCUCUCUAGAUGGAGUCAGUUCCGUGACCUAGUUGACCUGAAGAAAGACUCCCUCAACUCAGCUCUGGGCGUGCAGAACUAUCACCUGGAGUGCAAUGAGACCAAGUCAUGGAUUCGCGAGAAGGCCAAGGUGAUCGAGUCCACCCAGGAGCUGGGCAACGACCUUGCCGGGGUCAUGGCCCUACAGCGCAAACUCACCGGCAUGGAGCGUGACCUGGCCGCCAUCGAGGACAAGCUGGGAGAACUGGGGAAGGAGGGGGAGUGCCUCGCAACCGAGCACCCUGACCAGGCCCAGGGCAUCAUGGGUCGUCUGGGGGAGAUCACAGGGGUGUGGGAUGAGAUGAAGGGCACCCUGAAGAACCGCGAGGAGUCCCUGGGCGAGGCCAGCAAGCUGCAGCAGUUCCUCCGGGAGCUGGAUGACUUCCAGUCAUGGCUGUCCAAGACCCAGACGGCCAUCGCCUCAGAGGACAUGCCCAACACGCUUGCCGAGGCCGAGAAGCUGCUGGCGCAGCACGAGGGCAUCAAGAACGAGAUCCGCAACUACGAGGAGGACUACCAGAAGAUGAGGGACAUGGGCGAGAUGGUGACCCAGGGCCAGACGGACGCCCAGUACAUGUUCCUGAGGCAGAGGCUGCAGGCCCUGGACACAGGCUGGAACGAGCUGCAGAAGAUGUGGGAGAACCGUCAGAACCUGCUGUCCCAGUCCCAUGCCCACCAGCUGUUCCUCAGGGACACCAAGCAGGCUGAGGCCUUCCUCAACAACCAGGUAACAUCACAUUACACACUUCUAUAGGGCUGACCCUAUUUAGUCGACUGGUCGAUUGUUUGGUCGAUAGGUUGUUGGUCGACCGAGAUUUCUUUAGUCAAGCAGUAGCAAAAAAAAUUAAUAAUUCAUGGUGUACAAGACAACAGUCUGAUUCGCGCCUGUCUGAGUGGACUAAUCCAUUGAGGGGCCGUGGGGAUGGCACAGUCCUUCAUUCUAAGAUGUGCUACUGAAAUUGUAUAUGGUUAUAUUACAUAAGAACAAUGGUGCAACACUAAUAAAAAAUAUAAUUUUAUAACAAAUGCGCUUUCUCCCGCAGUCGCUGUCCGCGGUUCUAAAACAUUAGUGCGAUGUUGAAUUGGUGCCUUUUCCUAGACCAUGUUGCUAUUUGCAUAAUAGCAAAGUUACCCAGCAUAUUGGUGUUGAGAACAAUGCGGCGGAGGCAGAAGUGGAUUUAGGAGAUGAGAAAACAGCCCUUGCCUUAAUUGUCUAAGAAAAGUUAGGAGUGAGGAAACCCCAACAUAAUUAGGUCUAUAAUCAACUGUUUAAUGUGCCUGGCUUUAUAAAUGAUAUAUAUAUAUAUAUAUAUAUAUAUAUAUAUAUAUACAAUUGAAGUCGGAAGUUUACAUACACCUUAGCCAAAUACAUUUAAACUCAGUUUUUUACAAUUACUGACAUUUAAUCCUAGUAAAUAUUCCCUGUUUUAGGUCAGUUAGGAUCACCACUUUAUUUUAAGAAUGUGAAAUGUCAGAAUAAUAGUAGAGAGAAUUAUUUAUUUCAGCUUUUAUUUCUUUAAUCACAUUCCCAGUGGGUCAGAAGUUUACAUACACUCAAUUAGUAUUUGGUAGCAUUGCCUUUAAAUUGUUUAAAUUGGGUCAAACGUUUCGGGUAGCCUUCCACAAGCUUCCCACAAUAAAUUGGGUGAAUUUUGGCCCAUUCCUCCUGACAGAGCUGGUGUAGCUGAGUCAGGUUUGUAGGCCUCCUUGCUUGCACACACUUUUUCAGUUUUGCCCACACAUUUUCUAUGGGAUUGAGGUCAGGGCUUUGUGAUGGCCACUCCAAUACCUUGACUUUGUUGUCCUUAAGCCAUUUUGCGACAACUUUGGAAGUAUGCUUGGGGUCAUUGUCCAUUUGGAAGACCCAUUUGCGACCAAGCUUUAACUUCCUGACUGAUGUCUUGAGAUGUUGCUUCAAUAUAUCCACAUAAUUUUCCUUCCUCAUGAUGCCAUCUAUUUUGUGAAGUGCACCAGUCCCUCCUGCAGCAAAGUACCCCGCACAGCAUGAUGCUGCCACCCCCGUGCUUCACGGUUGGGAUGGUGUUUCUUCGGCUUGCAAGUACCCCCUUCCUCCAAACAUAACGAUGGUCAUUAUGGCCAAACAGUUAUAUUUUUGUUUCAUCAGACCAGAGGUAAUUUCUCCAAAAAGUACAUUCUUUGUCCCCAUGUGCAGUUGCAAACCUUUAUUGCUGUUUUGGAGCAGUGGCUUCUUCCUUGCUGAGCGGCCUUUCAGGUUAUGUCGAUAUAGGACUCGUUUUACUGUGGAUAUAGAUACUUUUGUACCUGUUUCCUCCAGCAUCUUUACAAGGUCCUUUGCUGCUGUUCUGGGAUUGAUUUGCACUUUUCACACCAAAGUACGUUCAUCUCUAGGAGACAGAACGCGUCUCCUUCCUGAGGGGUAUGACGGCUGCGUGGCUGUAGGCCUAAGAGUGCAUCCUGUUCAGUCUUAUUACCGUAACUUACUUAGGCCUAUAUUUCAAUACUUUGAUUGAUAUAUACAGUGGGGGGAAAAAAGUAUUUAGUCAGCCACCAAUUGUGCAAGUUCUCCCACUUAAAAAGAGGAGAGAGACCUGUAAUUUUCAUCAUAGGUACACGUCAACUAUGACAGACAAAAUGAGGGGAAAAAAUCCAGAAAAUCACAUUGUAGGAUUUUUAAUGAUUUUAUUUGCAAAUUAUGGUGGAAAAUAAGUAUUUGGUCAAUAACAAAAGUUUCUCAAUACUUUGUUAUAUAUCCUUUGUUGGCAAUGACACAGGUCAAACGUUUUCUGUAAGUCUUCACAAGGUUUUCACACACUGUUGCUGGUAUUUUGGCCCAUUCUUCCAUGCAGAUCUCCUCUAGAGCAGUGAUGUUUUGGGGCUGUCGCUGGGGAACACGGACUUUCAACUCCCUCCAAAGAUUUUCUAUGGGGUUGAGAUCUGGAGACUGGCUAGGCCACUCCAGGACCUUGAAAUGCUUCUUACGAAGCCACUCCUUCGUUGCCCGGGCGGUGUGUUUGGGAUCAUUGUCAUGCUGAAAGACCCAGCCACGUUUCAUGUUCAAUGCCCUUGCUGAUGGAAGGAGGUUUUCACUCAAAAUCUCACGAUACAUGGCCCCAUUCAUUCUUUCCUUUACACGGAUCAGUCGUCCUGGUCCCUUUGCAGAAAAACAGCCCCAAAGCAUGAUGUUUCCACCCCCAUGCUUCACAGUAGGUAUGGUGUUCUUUGGAUGCAACUCAGCAUUCUUUGUCCUCCAAACACGACGAGUUGAGUUUUUACCAAAAAGUUCUAUUUUGGUUUCAUCUGACCAUAUGACAUUCUCCCAAUCCUCUUCUGGAUCAUCCAAAUGCACUCUAGCAAACUUCAGACGGGCCUGGACAUGUACUGGCUUAAGCAGGGGGACACGUCUGGCACUGCAGGAUUUGAGUCCCUGGCGGCGUAGUGUGUUACUGAUGGUAGGCUUUGUUACUUUGGUCCCAGCUCUCUGCAGGUCAUUCACUAGGUCCCCCCGUGUGGUUCUGGGAUUUUUGCUCACCGUUCUUGUGAUCAUUUUGACCCCACGGGGUGAGAUCUUGCGUGGAGCCCCAGAUCGAGGGAGAUUAUCAGUGGUCUUGUAUGUCUUCCAUUUCCUAAUAAUUGCUCCCACAGUUGAUUUCUUCAAACCAAGCUGCUUACCUAUUGCAGAUUCAGUCUUCCCAGCCUGGUGCAGGUCUACAAUUUUGUUUCUGGUGUCCUUUGACAGCUCUUUGGUCUUGGCCAUAGUGGAGUUUGGAGUGUGACUGUUUGAGGUUGUGGACAGGUGUCUUUUAUACUGAUAACAAGUUCAAACAGGUGCCAUUAAUACAGGUAACGAGUGGAGGACAGAGGAGCCUCUUAAAGAAGAAGUUACAGGUCUGUGAGAGCCAGAAAUCUUGCUUGUUUGUAGGUGACCAAAUACUUAUUUUCCACCAUAAUUUGCAAAUAAAUUCAUUAAAAAUCCUACAAUGUGAUUUUCUGGAUGUUUUUUUCUAAUUUUAUCUAUCAUAGUUGACGUGUACCUAUGAUGAAAAUUACAGGCCUCUCUCAUCUUUUUAAGUGGGAGAACUUGCACAAUUGGUGGCUGACUAAAUACUUUUUUCCCCACUGUAUAUAUCAAUCAAUCAAUCAUUCAUUCAUUCGUUGAUGUCAUCACACGGCAUACGAUUUCAAAUAAAAUGCAUUUUACUUUUAAAAUAAAAUAACAAAGCGACCCUUCAAUAAAGAAAUGUUACAACAGACUCUCUGGUACGCUUAUCAUUUAUUUAGUGUUGUUUACAUUGUUUCAAUCAGUCAGAAAAAUUAUAUUGUAAUCUAACAGCACCUGUUUGGCACACAGAAUAUGCACGCAGCACAUGCUCCUUACCUUUGUUUAGUUAAAGUAUUUUUUGUUCUUUUUCUCCCCAAUUUCAAUCUUGUCUCAUUGCUGCAACUCCCAAACGGGCUCGGGUGGCAAAGGUCGAGUCAUGCGUCCUCCGAAACAUGAUCCGCCAAACCACGCUUCUUAACACCCGCCCGCUUAACCCGGAAGCCAGCCACACCAAUGUGUCGGAGGAAACAUUGUUCACCUGACAACAGAGGUCAGCCUGCAGGUGCCCGGCCCGCCACAAGGAGUCGCUAGAGCACGUUGAGCCAAGUAAAGCCCCCCCGGCCAAAAACUCCCCUAAUCCGGACGAUGCUGGGCCAAUUGUGCGCCGCCUUAUUGGACUCCUGAUCACGGCCGGUUGUGAUACAGCCCGGGAUCGAACCCGGGUCUGUAGUGAUGUCGGGAAGCCCCCUUACCUUGUUUGUUAUUGAUCUCCAGUCUUUUCCACAACUAGUCAAAUUUAUUCCACACAUCUGACUUCCCCUUUACCUCCUGAGCAACCAUGCGAUGCAUACAUGUGUCACGUAAAGAGAGCAAGGGUUGAGGGAAUAGAGAAUGUUUUUCAUAAACAAAUGAGGGAUUUCAGUAACAGAACUUUUCAGUCAGAAAUGGCUGUAAUUAUGUUGCAGCUUCAGCAACACAGACAGCGCGAUAAACACUGUUGAUGUUCUGUGGUGGUCGCUGCAGCAGGGAGGAGAGAGAGACAACGGGUGCUGGUCACACAGUCACUCGCUUUAACACAGCAAGUCUGAGCCCGGCACAAUCAAAUCAAUUGCGGUCGGACUCCCUCUAGUCAUUUGUGUCUUAAUUAUUUCAUCAAACAGUUCGCUUAAAUCAACCGACAAGCUCAGUACAUAUAGUUGAUUUGAUUAAAACACAUAGGAUGGAAAAAUACACGUCGAAACAACAGAAGACUUUCGGUCGAUCAAGUUAAUUUUUUUGUCGGGGACAGCCCUACACGUCUACCUAUCCUAUUUGGCACAGACAAAUGGCGGUGAGCAGUGAGCAAAAUAACAGAACAUUUUGAAUAAAUGGGAUGGCACAGUGUACAAGGCGAGUUCUUGGUACUGCAACUCUCUAUUGCAUGGACUGCAUCAUGCAUCACACAGUUAGUGUUUACUUUGGAUAAAUAAUGGCCUCCACGCAAAUUGUUAAAGAAAGUAUCAGUGUCUGUGUGCAUUCCUGUGUGGUUGAACCCCUCUCUCAUUAUUAGUGUGAUGCUAAGAGAGGCAUGCUGCUCUGUUAGUUAGAACACUCUCUGGGGCUCUAGCUGGACCACACUGACUGCACUGUUCAGCACCACCGCUCACAUCCCAACCAAUCAGACACAUGCACACACACCUCUGUUGGCUCAGUCCUCUGGAAGGAUUUCUGAGAUAAACACCAUCUCCGCUGUUACUAUGCUACAGUAGGCUACAGUACAUGGGAGUCACCUGCUUGUUCUUGAUCAAGAGUCGAAUGGCACACUGACGCCUUUACUGGCCACCUCCUUCCUCAUUCCCUCUCCUUCCCUCCUUCCUCCUUCCCUCCUUCCUUCCUUCCCUCCUUCCCUCUCCUUCCCUCCUUCCCUCUCCUUCCCUCCUUCCCUCUCCUUCCCUCCUUCCCUCUCCUUCCCUCCCUCCUCCCUCCUCUCGCUCUCUCUCAGGAGUAUGUGUUGGCCCAUACUGAGAUGCCCACGACUCUGGAGGGGGCGGAGGGAGCCAUAAAGAAGCAGGAGGACUUCAUGACCACCAUGGACGCCAAUGAGGAGAAGAUCAAAGCCGUGGUGGACACCGGACGCAGGCUGGUCAGUGAUGGAAAUGUCAACGCUGACCGCAUCCAGGAGAAAGUGGACUCUAUUGAUGAGAGGUAUUGAAUGCUUUGUUAAAAGCGCUAUACAAUUUGAUUGAUUUAUUGUGUAUGUGGAGAACUAAAUGUUGUUUAUUCCAGUGACGAUUAUGUCAGCAACGUUACAUGUAUAGAACAAAUUGAAUUACACGCAUAGAAUAAAUUGUAUUUAUGGCACUUGUCAUGUUUGCUUAACGUCAUCUAGGUGUUAAAAUAACCUAUACAUUGGCCUCCCGAGUGGCUCAGCGGUCUAAGGCACUGCAUCCCAGUGCUAGAGGAGUUAAUACAAACCCGGGUUCAUUCCCGGACUGUGCCACAACCGGCCGUGACCAGGAGUCCCAUAGGACGGCGCACAAGUGACUCCUUGCACUCUAGUGACUCGUUGUGGCGGGCCGGGUGCCUGCGGGCUGAUCCCAGUCGCCAGUUGAACGGUGUUUCCUCCGACACAUUGUUUCGGAGGACACAUGACUCCACCUUCGCCUCUCCCGGGCCCAUUGGGGAGUUGCAGCGAUGAAACAAGAUCGAAAAUGACCUAUAAUAUUUUUUAAACAGCUGUUUCUGAGCUGUUACAUCUCUCAUGAGCUGUUAAAUCUAUCAUGUUUUAACCCCUGUCCUUCUGUCUGUGUGUGUGUGUGUUUGUAGACAUAAGAAGAACCGCUUGGCCGCCAGUGAGCUUCUCUGUAAGCUGAAGGAUAACAGAGACCUGCAGAAGUUCCUCCAAGACUGCCAAGAGGUGACACACCCCUCACCUACUUCCCCCCACCCCCACUGCACCUCACCCAUAUAUGCCAGCUAGGACUACCCCAACACACCCCAACACGCCCUGCUGCCUCCUACUGCCUGUAUACAGGAGAUGAAAUUAAUAAGUCAUUGCGGAUGGUGCCAAGCGUUGGUUGUGUGGGUCCGUCUGUGUGUGUGUUUCUGUCUGUCUCACUAACUGGCUCUCUGGUGUGUGCAGCUGUCCAUGUGGAUCAAUGAGAAGAUGCUCACGGCUCAGGACAUGUCGUACGACGAAGCCAGAAACCUCCACAGCAAAUGGCUCAAACACCAGGCGUUCAUGGCUGAGCUGCAGUCCAACAAGGAGUGGCUGGACAAGAUCGAGAAAGUCAGUAACUUAAUGACGAAUGUCUUCUCUUUUUAUCUCUUUGACAAUUUCGUUGCACAUGUCCCCUCUCUGGAGUUUUGUGUGAUUGUUUGUUUUGUGAGUGUGUGUGUCCCUAAAACUGUGUGUGUUUUCCCCCCAUGUAAAGUAGUUAUUUUUUUAGCUUGUUGCUGAUGCUUACACUCCCCACUUCCCUCCAGUCUGAUAAGAACAGCCCUCUCCUUUGGAUAAUUUAGUCCUAAAUGCAGAGCAAUCAAGUCAUAACAACCACGUGGGCUAUUUAAGCAAUAAGGCCUGAGGGGGUGUGGUAUAUGGCCAAUAUACCAUGGCUAAGGGCUAUUCUUAAGCACAACGCAACGCGGAGUGCCUGGAUACAGCCCUUAGCUGUGGUGUAUUGGCCAUAUACCACAAACCCCUGAGGUGCCUUAUUGCUAUUAUAAACUGGUUUACAAACAUAAUUAGUUUUUAGUCCCAUCCUUCAGCUACCCUCAACCCCUCUCAUCUACAGUGAGGGAAAAAAGUAUUUGAUCCCCUGCUGAUUUUGUAUGUUUGCCCACUGACAAAGACAUGAUCAGUCUAUAAUUUUAAUGGUAGGUUUAUUUGAACAGUGAGAGACAGAAUAACAACAACAAAAUCCAGAAAAACGCAUGUCAAAAAUGUUAUAAAUUGAUUUGCAUUUUAAUGAGGGAAAUAAGUAUUUGACCCCUCUGCAAAACAUGACUUAGUACUUGGUGGCAAAACCCUUGUUGGCAAUCAUAGAGGUCAGACGUUUCUUGUAGUUGGCCACCAGGUUUGCACACAUCUCAGGAGGGAUUUUGUUCCACACCUCUUUGCAGAUCUUCUCCAAUUCAUUAAGGUUUCGAGGCUGACGUUUGGCAACUCGAACCUUCAGCUCCCUCCACAGAUUUUCUAUGGGAUUAAGGUCUGGAGACUGGCUAGGCCACUCCAGGACCUUAAUGUGCUUCUUCUUGAGCCACUCCUUUGUUGCCUUGGCCGUGUGUUUUGGGUCAUUGUCAUGCUGGAAUACCCAUCCACGACCAAUUUUCAAUGCCCUGGCUGAGGGAAGGAGGUUCUCACCCAAGAUCUGACGGUACAUGGCCCCGUCCAUCGUCCCUUUGAUGCGGUGAAGUUGUCCUGUCCCCUUAGCAGAUAAAACACCCCCAAAGCAUAAUGUUUCCACCUCCAUGUUUGACGGUGGGGAUGGUGUUCUUGGGGUCAUAUGCAGCAUUCCUCCUCUUCCAAACACGGCCGAGUUGAGUUGAUGCCAAAGAGCUCGAUUUUGGUCUCAUCAGACCACAACACUUUCACCCAGUUCUCCUCUGAAUCAUUCAGAUGUUCAUUUGCAAAUUUCAGACGACCCUGUAUAUGUGCUUUCUUGAGCAGGGGGACCUUGCGGGCGCUGCAGGAUUUCAGUCCUUCACGGCGUAGUGUGUUACCAAUUGUUUUCUUGGUGACUAUGGUCCCAGCUGCCUUGAGAUCAUUGACAAGAUCCUCCCGUGUAGUUCUGGGCUGAUUCCUCACCGUUCUCAUGAUCAUUGCAACUCCACGAGGUGAGAUCUUGCAUGGAGCCCCAGGCCGAGGGAGACUGACAGUUAUUGUGUUUCUUCCAUUUUCGAAUAAUCGCACCAACAGUUGUCACCUUCUCACCAAGCUGCUUGGCGAUGGUCUUGUAGCCCAUUCCAGCCUUGUGUAGGUCUACAAUCUUGUCCCUGACAUCCUUGGAGAGCUCUUUGGUCUUGGCCAUGGUGGAGAGUUUGGAAUCUGAUUGAUUGAUUGCUUCUGUGGACAGGUGUCUUUUAUACAGGUAACAAGCUGACAUUAGGAGCACUCCCUUUAAGAGUGUGCUCCUAAUCUCAGCUCGUUACCUGUAUAAAAGACACCUGGGAGCCAGAAAUCUUUCUGAUUGAGAGGGGUCAAAUACUUAUUUCCCUCAUUAAAAUGCAAAUCAAUUUAUAACAUUUUUGACAUGCGUUUUUCUGGAUUUUUUGUUGUUAUUCUGUCUCUCACUGUUCAAGUAAACUUACCAUUACAAUUAUAGACUGAUCAUUUCUUUGUCAGUGGGCAAACGUACAAAAUCAGCAAGGGAUCAAAUACUUUUUUCCCUCACUGUAUCUCCGAAGACUAUCCAGUUUUGAUAUCUUUUUGCCAUAUAUUUUUCAGCUGUGCUGUUUCACAGAAGUUCUGAACCUAUAUACAUUUUACAGACACAGUAUAUUUUACAUUAGUUGUGUUGUUAUUUUUAGUACCACCCUUCAGCUCCACUCAACCCCUCCCAUCUAUCUCUGAACACCAUCCAGUUUUGAUUACUAUUUGCCAUAUAUUUUUCAACUGUGCUGUGAUGUUUCACAACACUUCUGAACCUUUCUAUUCUCAUAGUUUCUUCAGAUUUUAAGUUAAAGAAACAUAUUAUUAUAUUAUUGAUCGAUUGACUGACUUUUUAUAUCACCCAGCAGUGCUAUUUGCAGAGUUAGCUCCAGGUAAAUUCUACAGUCGUUCCUGAACCUGCGACCAAAAACAAGCUACUUAUGGACAGUACCAAAACAAAUGAUCUAAUGAUUCGGUCUCUUCGCAGCAAAAACGGGACGGUUGUAUCCCGCAUAUCUAUAACAUUCUAUUGGCUGCAAAAAUGUUGUAUAAUAAUUUAAAUUUAAAAACAAAGUUUUGAAUCCAGCGUCGUUUUGUUUAUCAGUUCAUAAACCAUGUGCCAUGGAAUCAGUACAUCGAAAAUCUCUUCCCAACUAUUUUGCAAUCUAUAUGGCACAGCUGUCAUUUUUUUGUCCUUCAGUGAAACUGGUAUACUUUUUUAAUCAAAAUUUUCUUUAACCAAUUUUUGUCUUUAAUGCAGGGCAGACAGAAGUUCCUUACUUUUUCCCUCUUCCACUUGCCUCUUCAAUUUUUGCGGUAAUGCUGCAAUUAAUUGGUUGUAAUUUUGAGUGGAGCAGACAUUUCCAGAUAUUUUUGUUAGCCACAUGUAUGACAUAACGCCACCAGUUCUAUUUAUGGUAACAAUUACUAAGAUUUUACCAUAAAAAAACAAAAUCUCCAAAGGUGUAUAUAUUUUUUUAUCAAUUAGUAUAUUUGAGUUCAACUAUUAUUUGUUGUAAUAUAUUUUCUAUAUUUUCUGGUGGAUUAAACUGAAAUUGCAACUCACUUUCUAUGGCUUUUUAAAAAAAUAGUGAUAUUUUGGAGAUUUCAUUUUAAAUAACCAAACAUGAGUUUGUAAACUGAAUAAAGGGAAAAAGGCCAUUCUUGAACAUGAGGUGAGACAUUCUUACUAAUCUGCUAGAGAACCAGUUCGGAUUUAAGUAUAACUUUUGGAUGACUGAAGCCUUUAGUGAGAGGCCUAAUGCUUUAAUAUUUAAUUAUUUCUGCCCUCUGAAUUCAUAUUCAUUAUAUAAAUAGGCCCAUUUAAUUUAGUCUGGCUUGCUGUUCCAAAUAAAAUGGAAUCUUUUUUUCCUCAUAUAAUAAAAAAAACAAGUCGCUAGGUGUAGGCAAGGCCAUAAGCAAAUAGCUAAACUGAGAUAUGACUAAUCAGGGUGAUUUUUCCACAAAUAAACAGGUUCUUUCCUUUCCAUGGUAGCAAGAUCUUAUCUAUUUUUGCUAACUUUCUAUUAAAAUGUAUUGUAGUGAGAUCAUUUCUUUCUUUCGGGAUAUGAAUACAGAGUAUAUCCACUUAACCGUCAGACCAUUAUAUUAGUAAACUACACUGUAAUAGUUGUAUUUUUUAGUGAUCCAAUACGUAAUAUAGUACACUUAUCAUAAUUUGGUUGUAAUCCAGAGCGGUUAGAAAAAUUAUCUAGAUCCUCUGAGGCUGUAGAGGGAUCAACAUGUUGGAUUUAAAAUAACAUGAAUCAUCAGCGUACAAUGACAACUUUGUUUUUAAGCCCUGGAUUUCUAGCCCCUUGAUAUUAUUGUUGGAUCUGAUUUUAAUGGCUAACAUUUCGAUGGCCAUAAUAAAUAGAUAUGCCGAUAGUGGACAACCUUGUUUUACUCUUGACAGUUUAAUAUUUUCUGAGAAGUAGCCAUUAUUUACUAUUUUACACCUAGGGUUACUAAUACAUAACUUUAACUCAUUGUAUAAGAGAUUCUCCAAAAUUGAAAUAUUCCAUGCAAUUAUAUUUAAAUUCCAGUCUUACUUUAUCAAAAGCCUUUUCAAAGUCUGCUAUGCAUACCAGGCCUGGUUUCCCAGAUGUUUUAGUGUUUAAUUGUUUCCAGUACUUGUCUUAUAUUAUCUCCAAUGUAUCGUCCAUGUAGAAAACCUGUCUGAUUUUAGGAUUAAUAAUAUCCGACAAUACCCUUUUAAUUCUAUGCGCUAUGCAUUUAGCUAGAAUUUAAGCCCUGGAGUUUUCCCGGAUUUACAGGUUAAGUGAUUAACCAUUAAGCGUAGUUGGAUUAAGUGAUGUUAAAAUCUAUUCAAACAAAUGAGAAGAGAAUCAUAUGAAAAGUAUUGUGAACAUUGCAUUGUGAAAGGCAAUUACUUUAUGUGAAAGGUAUUUCUAGAGGAAUCACUGAUUAGGUUUGGUGAAAAGGUUACUGUGUGAUUUUGUGUGGUACUUAGUCAAUUGAAAAUGUGCUUAAAGUUUUGAAAAACAGCCUUUUUGAUGAUAUGUUUUGAGUUUUGUACUAAGAGUUAUGACAUUUUACCAUGUGAAAAUGGUACCAAAGCGAUAAAAAAAAAAGCGGUAGUAUAUUUGCUUUAAGUGGAAUUAAUUUCAAAACAAGCUUUCAGCAGAAACAGCGCAGUAGCUCUGCAGACUAGAACGAGUAGUUUGAUAGUUCAGUAUUGACGGCUUGUUGCCGAGAGUGAUCGUGAGCAGUGUCACAUUGCUCAGGUCCGAUUGAAAGAUUUGACUGAAUCAUUGUCUUCCUUCCUGAAUGGCAUUAGUGUAGCUCUAUUUAUCUCCAUAAUGUCCUAACGUGAUUCUCUCCCACCGAAUCCCAGGAUGGAAUGCAGCUGAUAGCUGAGAAGCCGGAGACUGAGGCCAUGGUGAAGGAGAAGCUGGCAGCGCUCCAUAAGAUGUGGGAUGACCUGGAGUCCACCACCCAGACCAAGGCCAAGUGUCUGUUUGAUGCCAACAAGGCCGAGCUGUUCACCCAGAGCUGUGCCGACCUGGACAAGUGGCUGGUGGGAGUGGAUGGACAGAUCCAAUCAGACGACUACGGCAAAGAUCUGACCAGUGUCAACAUCCUGCUCAAGAAACAACAGGUGCUGACUACUGGAGCUUGA